AUGGAAGGACUCAGAAAUUGGGGUGCGGAGUCUUUCCGUACUACCCUGCUCCUCAGCCUUGGUGUCACUGAUCAUGGGUCGCUCCCGCCGGACCGGCGCGCAUCGAGCACAUUCCUUAGCCCGCCAGAUGAAGGCCAAGAAGCGGCGACCGGACCUGGAUGAGAUUCACCGCGAGCUGCGGCCGCAGAGCCUCUCGCGGGCCAAGCCGGAGCUGGACGCCGAGCCCGACCCGGACCUGCCAGGGGGCGGCCUGCAUCGCUGUCUGGCCUGCGCGAGGUAUUUCAUCGAUUCUGCCAACCUGAAGACCCACUUCCGAUCCAAAGACCACAAGAAGAGGCUGAAGCAGCUGAGCAUCGAACCCUACAGUCAGGAAGAGGCUGAGAGGGCAGCGGGCAUGGGCUCCUAUGUGCCCCCCCAGCGCCUGGGCGUGCCCACAGAGGUGUCCACUGAGAUCCCUGAGAUGGACACAUCCACCUGAGGGGGCCUUUGGAUGCAGGACAGAGAAACUCCAUGGACAGUGAGUGGUUCAGCGGCUAGACUGAGAGUGUGUACUUUGGGGUUUGGGGGAGAUGGUCUCUUCUGGAUAAUUCUACUCGAAAUAAAGGACCUGGAUGAGA